UGUAUGCUAAAUGUGGUGCUAGUAAUUAAUUCGCUUGGCCUUUAACAUUUGGUGUGAAUAACUGAUGCCAUUCUAAUCUCUGCGUCUCCUUUUUGAGACUGUUGGUCCUUGAUCAAGUUGGUUAGAGUUCCCGUUUCCCAUAGAAACGAAAGGCCCUCCCUGUAAGAGGGUAGACAAACCGGAAGUUCGGGGUUCACUUCCGGUUCGCGUCGGAAGUUGACGCAAAAACGUCCGCACAUGGCUGCUCCUAGAGAGGAUGCCGCUUGUGGUGUUUUGCGGGCUGCCGUGCAGCGGCAAGAGCCGGCGUACGGAAGAGCUACGUCGGGCGCUGGCCGACGAGGGCCGCGCCGUGUACGUGGUGGACGACGCUUCGGUGCUGGGCGCUCACGACCCGGCUGUGUACGGCGACUCUGCCGGUGAGAAGGCGCUGCGCGCCGCGCUGCGGGCGGCGGUGGAGCGGCGCCUGAGCCGGCAGGACGUAGUCAUCCUGGACUCCAUGAACUACAUCAAGGGCUUCCGCUACGAGCUGUACUGCCUGGCGCGGGCUGCGCGCACGCCGCUCUGCUUGGUUUACUGCAUAAGACCGGCCUGGCCGAGCCGGGGACUUCGGGUGGCCGACGUCGCGGAGAACCCGGGCCCGGCUGUCAGUGUGAGCUGGAGGCCGAGCGCGGAGGAGCCGCGCGCCGCCAGCCCCGUAGCAAACGGAAGAGUCCCGGCCGCCGUCCUCGGGGAACUGGAUUCCGAGGAAAUCCUGCCAUCAAGUCCUCCUCCAGCUGUAGUGACUCCGGAGUCCGAGAAAUCUGCAAAGCCCGGUGCCUUUCCUCCCGAUCUUUUGGAGUCCUUAGCCCUGCGCUUUGAGGCUCCUGACUCUCGGAACCGCUGGGACCGACCCUUGUUCACCGUGGUGGGCUUAGAAGAGCCGUUGCCCCUGGCCGAGAUCCGGGCUGCGCUGUUUGAGAAUCGGGCCCCUCCACCCCAUCAGUCAACGCAGUCCCAGCCCCUGGCCUCGGGUAGCUUUCUACACCAGCUGGAUCAGGCCACGAGCCAGGUGUUGACUGCUCUGAUGGAAGCACAGAAGAGCGCUGUACCCGGAGACCUGUUAACACUUCCUGGCACCACAGAGCACCUCCGAUUUACCCGGCCCUUAACCUUGGCAGAACUGAGUCGCCUCCGUCGCCAGUUUAUUUCCUACACUAAAAUGCAUCCCAAUAAUGAGAACCUGCCUCAGUUGGCCAACAUGUUUCUUCAGUAUCUGAACCAGAGUUUGCACUAAUUGGGUGGUGGGCGGCGGCGACGACAGCUUUUGUCUGAAUUCCACUGUAGUUUGUUUAGGAAGAAUACGGUCUGCAGAGCAUAACGUAGUCGUAGGAUUGCUGAGUUUGACCGGCUCAUUUUCUAACUGCGCCGUACCCUGACUGUACAGUGGCUUCGGUUGCACUCUAUUUGGAGAUACUACAUACUACUGUUUUCCUUCCAUCCGGAUAGAGGAGAGUUGUUUUUGAUCAACUGUGAGUAGAAACCGAAGAUAACAGUUUUCUAUUUACGAUGGCCCUUUCAUACUGCAAGUAUUUUUGAGUAACAUACUUCUUACUAUCUACCCUGGAGCUUCGAACACAGAUAAAUCUUUUGCUUUGUCCCUGGGAAGCUGAUAUUUGUGUAAGACAAUCAUUAGAUAUUUCCUCUAAUAAAAUCUUCUAAAGUUGUCUGCUGGAAUCUUUAAUGU